AUGAAAAGCUAUUUCGAAAAUUACCGAGACAUUUUGGAUGAUCGUAAUGACAGAUACGAGAAAUUAGUGAAACUAAGCAGGGAUGUGACGAUUGAGAGCAAGCGUCUCAUUUUUCUCCUGCAACGAUCAUGUGACAUUGAAAAAAAUGACCGAGAUAUCAAAUACAAAUUAAAAAUUUUAGUAGAGAAAUGGAAGCUGAUAUCAAGUGAAUUGAAUGGUGAUCAAAAGUGUUAUGAGUACCUCAGGGCAUACUCACCUGGUCUUCAAGAGUAUAUAGAAGCAUUACUUUUUCAUCAUUUUAAGCAACAUAGAUGUUUACUAAAUCUUCAAGAGAUACAGAAUCAUUUGAUCUUCAUACAAGGAUUUGAUGAUUCAAGUAAAGAAACACAAUUAUCCAGUUCAGGCAGAAUUCUUGUUUCACCUAAUGACUAUCUGCUGGGUGUGGCUGAUUUUACAGGAGAAGUUAUGAGGUACUGUAUUAGCACCAUGGGCAAAAAUGACAUCAACACAUCACAAGAAAUCUGUGAAUUUUUGAGGUCUCUAUUUGAUUCAUUCGUUUCUUUACAUGGUGCUUCUAAAUAUCUCUCUAAAAAGGUAGAUGUCAUGCAACAAAGUUUACUGAAGGUUGAGUCUGCAUUGUAUACCUUGAAGAUAAGAGGUUCUGAACUACCUGCUGAACAUUUGUUGACCACCCUGAACAGCAUACCCUUAUGUCAAAAUGAAGAUGAAUGA